CUUAUGAAUGAUAGAUUAGUUAUGAGAAAAAGGAUACGUGAUCUGAUAUUAUUUCAGUAUGAUCUUUUCAUUUCAGUUGGAUUAUUUUAUGAUCUCACGUGUGUGUAAAAAAUUUGUCAUGGUUGUUUGUAGAUAUAUUGCGUCAGAAAGUAAAGCGUUGUGUUGGAAGAUAUGCGAAACACGAAUCGUUGUUAACGCACAAAAAAGCACAGAUUAUAGUAACAACGUAUUUUCAAUUAUCUAAUAACUUAUUAGUACAAAUGAUUUUUUGCACGUUAAUAUUUUUAUUAGAUUUUAUGAAAUUUUGUAAAUAUUUUUAAUGGUACUGGUAGUAUACUGAUCACGAUAAAAGUAUGUAUAUAUAUAUGUGUGAUUCGUUUAAAAAUUGAUGAAAAAUGUUGGGAAAGAAAUUGCGUGUCAAUUUCUUCUCGUAUAUUUCGAUACAAGGCUAGCCAGUUGUGUCAUUCUUAUUGUGUGACUAGAAUUUUUAGUCAUUCAAUCAAUAGUCUUUAGGACUAUACUACAAUUUUACCGUUUCCAUAGUGAGCGGUUUAUCACACAACAUAAGAAUGGACACAUCAGGCUUUCCUGUACCAGAUGCGAUCCACCCACUACUUGAACAAUUACAAGAAGCUUUGGUGCUUGAGGUUAAAUAUCAACCAAAUCUUCAAUUACUAACUACAACACAAAAUGAUGAAAUUACAAUCGGUGCACGGGAUGGAUCUGCUCAUGUAUUAAGAUGUUUGAAAGUAUGGUACGAUUUACCAUCCGAUGUAUUUUUUGUUGCUAUCAAUUUGAUGGAUCGUUUUUUAACUAAAAUGAAAGCCAGACCAAAACAUAUGGCUUGUAUCAGUGUAUCAGCUUUUCAUAUCGCUGCAGUUCAAAUGGCUCAAUCUUUGGAUGCUGAUCAUUUGGUAUCCAUUUCUCAAUGCAAGUGUACCGGAGGAGAUCUUAAGCGUAUGUCAGGUGUAAUACGUAAUAAAUUAGAAUGGGCACCAGCUAUACAACCAAUUACAUCAUUAACUUUUCUACAAUUGUUUAAUACAAUGUUUCAUACUGUUGCAUCGCAUUUGGGUAUUGGCGAUAUAUAUGCCAAUGUAGUAAUGGAAUCUGAACUUUUUCUAAGAUUAGAAAUGAUUGCUUGUGAUGGAAAUUGUGCAAGUUUAAGAUCAUCUGAAAUAGCUUUGGUCUUACUCUGUACAUAUUUGGAUGCAGCCGUUAAAAGAUUAGAUGCAAAUAAAGAUGUUACUAUUUCUGUAACAUCAAUGGCUGGUCCUUCUACUAUUAAUUCACCUGUAACACCGGCGCAUCAAAUGUUAAGACUGGUAGAAUUUGCUGCUGAAGUACAAAAAAUUUGCAAGAUUUCAGGCGAUAGCUUUGUUUCUACACAUGAAGCUGUAAGUGCCGUUUUAAAUAAAUAUAAUGCCCAAGAACAAACGCCUCAUAGACAAAGACUCAUAUGGAGAUUAUCUUCACGUACAGCUCGUCUUUUGCGUCCGACUGAUAAAUUUACUUCUGUUUUACCUGUUAUUGCUGAACACACUCCAGUUCCAUCUCCAAGUAGGAUUAGAAAAAACCGUAAGUUCUCCCGUCGUCAUGGAAACAAGAGGCGUUAGUAUAUCUCGUUUAUACUCGACAAUGAGUAAGAAAGAUCUGUUGUAUUUGGACGAAUUUGAAUUUAAAAUAGCAUUUUCCAACACAAUAUUUAAUAAUAGACAUGGUAUUGACCUUGCAUGUUAUUUGGAAAUGGAAAAUCAUUCAAUGUAAGUCAUUAUCUUAUCGUGUUAUUUGAGAGGCACACAAAUGUAUAAUUGUUCUUUUUUUUUUUAUUUGUAUUCAAAUUUUUCUAAAGUCUAUUCUCUACCCAAAAAAUUUACGAAUUAGGAAAAUAUUAUAAUAUUGUUUUGAAGCAACUAUAUGUUAUAAAAGUUGUAAAAUAUUAGAAAAGAAAUUAAUAUAAUGAAAAAAGAAAAGCAGAUAUCGAUUUACCUUUUUCUAAAAUGGAAAUUGAUGUGAUAUAAUAUAAUGUCGAUUAUAUUUUAUAAUUUAUUGAAAAGAUAAUUGUUGAGAAAAAUUCAUUUUAACUUUAUAUUUGUGGUAUAUUCUAAUAGAGAAAGAAAAAAAUGAUGUAAAAGCGAAUAAGAAAAAUUUUGCACUUAUACAAAAUAUAUUACACAAAAGAGUGAUCUUUAUAAAAUAAAGAUACAAUAAAGUAUAAUGAGGUAUUUGAUAGGUUUAAUAAUGAUAUUAGAUUAUAUCUUUUACCAUGAUCCUGUAAGUAAUUGUAAAAAAAAAAGAAAAAAAAAAAAGAAAAAAGAAAAGAAAUAAAAAUUGUAUGAAUGUAAACAUUUGAUCAUAUUCUAGUGGAAUAGAGAAUCUUUUUUAGUAUUAAACGAGUAAAAAUUAAUUAAAAAAAAAAAAAAAAUUGAGUAAAUAUGAGAAUUAUUUGUAUAUAUAAAAAAGAUGAUGAUGCUUGAAAGUCUUUAUGGUACGAGUGUGUUUGAAUUGGAUAAUAUAUAUACAAAUGCGUGUAUAUAUGAUUUUGCAAUUGAUCUAGUAAUGAAAUCUUGAGUAUUGAGAGCAUUUAAUUUUUAGUAAUUAUACUUCGUAUAUUUCAAUAAUUGUUCAUAUCAAAUAAAUUCAAAUUUUUCAUAUAAAAAAAUUAAACCUACACUAAAGUUUUUUAUAACUAAAUGUUGUAUUAUGAUAUAAUAUGUAAUAUUAUAUUGUAAUAUAUAAUUUAAAGAUAUAUAAAAAGAUAUAAUAUUUAUGAAUAGUUUAAUUUAUUAAGUGCAUACGCAUCAUAAUACAUUGAAGAAGAAACAGCAAAUUAAAUGUUCAAUUCUUUAUCUCUUAAUUUGUCAUUAAAAACAAAAAUUAGAAUUCUUAAAUAAUUAAAAAAUCUGAAAAAAAUAUAACAAAGUUAAUUAUUCAAAUAUUAUUUUAUUUAAUACAGAUUUGAAGUUGCACAAAUAUUAUAAUUUGUAAAUCUAUGUUUGUUUGUAAUCAGGAUCAUUUAACUCCUAAUACGUUUGUCUGUAAUAACAAUUUUUUACUGAUAUUUAUUAUUUGCUCUCUUUAUCUUCUGUAAGUAUACAAGAAAAUAAUUAUGUACUGCCAAUUGAAAGCGCAUUAAUACUCAUCACUUUUUAUGAAUAAUGUUUGUUAUAAGAAUAUAUUUUUUGUUAUCAAUGAAACACAGUUCUCUUUUAUAUAAUGCAUGCAAUUAGUUCCUUAUCACAAUUAUUUUAUCGAACAACAUUAAUGUACAAGUUUCUCUUGCAUGUGUUAAUUACGCGUAUAUAGAAAGAAUCAUGAAAAACUAUUCAUAUUACUUUUAAGAAAAUAAGAAAUGUAUAUUUCUUAAAAUAAAAUUUUUUCAGCUAUUUGCACAAUAGUAUUUCAAAAACUAUAUAUCACAUAGCUUAUAGUGUAUUUAGAUUAUUUACAAUAACAUUAAUUUUAUUGUAGGCAAAUAUUUCACACAAUAGAAAGUUUUAGCUAUUAAAAUUAAGAUAAAAAUAUUAUUUAAGAGUCAUGUAAAUUAUAUAUAUAUAUAUAUAUAUAUAUAUAUAUAUAUAUAUAUAUAUAUAUAAUCAUAAUAUAUUUUUGCUAUUGAAAAUAUAAUAAUAUUUGUGCAAAAUUAUAUUGGUCUUUUUUGUGACAUGUGCUAUGUACAAUAAACAGCAUGAAUACUUUGUGAUAUUAUUAGGGAUACCAAAAAAAAAAAUAUUUAAGAAAAAUUUGUAAAAAAUAAUUUAGUACAAUAUAUGUAUAUAACAACAAAUAUGUAAGUACACAUAUCAAAUAAAGAUAAUUAUUUUAAUUUUGUAUAUACACAAAACAAAAUUAAAUAUGUACAAUUAUACAGCACAAAAUUAUUUUAUACUUAUACUAAUUAUGAAAAUGAUCAUUAUAUGAUUACAAAAUAAAUUGUAUCUCUCUAGAAAUAAUAACGAUAAAAUUUAACAUGACAUUGUUUAAGUAAUUAUUGUUUUUCUAAUAGUAUUAAUUUAUAUUUAUUUACAUAAUUAAUAAAUUAAUAUACUUUAAAUCAUUUUAUAUAAAUUCUUAAAAUCUACUUAUUAUAUGUUAUUGUUAAAUUAGUAAUAUGUAUCAUUCCUGAAAUGAAAAUGUAAUGUGUUAUUAUAAGGAUCAUAAUGUUUUAAUUUAUAAAUUGUAUAUAAAUUUAAAUAUUUUAUAUUUACUAAACAUAUUUGAACACAUAUGAACUAGUUAAACUGAGUAAAUAUGUAUUCAAACAGAUGGAAGAUGUAUAAGAUGUUACUUGAUUUAUAAGUAACAUUUUAUUAUCAAAAACAUUUUAAUAUUAUAAACAAUACUUUUAGAAAGAUUAAUUAAUUAGAUUUAUGGAUUUGAGAUUUAUUUUUACAAGUAUCACAUAAAAUUCAAUUUCUAUUUUUUUGUCACACUAUGGAUUAAAAUAUCUGCAUAUGAAUAAAGAAAAGUAAAAAAAAUAUCGAGUUGCGAAAAUGGAAAUGUUAGUACUCAUUAAAACGUCAUUUACAAUAAAAAUUAUUUAAAUAAUUCUUUUCCCGAAAUUUAAAAAUUAAAAAUUAUUAAAUACUUUUUAGCUUAAUUAUAUGUUAAAACACGUUGGCAAAAAACUGGUAAAAGAGAAAAUAUAUUGUUGAUUCAAAUGAUUAAACUUUAAACUCUGAAUAGUUGAAUAAACAGACAGGACAAAGUC